CACCCCGCCCCGAGGUGCUCACCAGCGCCGCAGCGGAGCCAGCUGCCCGCCGGGCUUCCUACGCGCUCGCUGGGACGCGGCCCCCGGAGGAACCGGCGGCUGCGGCUACAGCGCCGUCUGGAUGCAGCUGGGGAGCAGGCGGCGCCGCCCCGCCCAGUGUCUGUACCUAGAGACCGGCUCGGGCCCCGCCCCUGCUCCCCAGCUGGCCCCGCCGACCCGCCUCCGGGAGGCGGAGAGCGCCGCUCCCCCACGGUGCCCGCCCCUGCCGCGGCCCCUCCAGUCUCUCCGCAGCCCACCGGCUCCCUCGGGCUUUGCCCGCCCGAGCCCCGGGGAACGGCCUCGGCGGCGGCUCCAGCGGGCGGGCAUCUUCCUGCAUAGGGUGUGUCCCACCUCUUUUUCAGUAGAGCGGCUUAACUGCCCUAAAAGAGGUGGAGUCAGAGGAAUAUCUUCAGGAAGUCACAUACUUCAUGUGUAUCCUUGUAAUCUACCAUCUCACGCACUGCAACACAUUGUGUUAGCAGGACAUCUGGACAUAAAGGAUCAAGCUUCCAGUGAGCCAAAGAAAAGAAAAGGUGGCUGGCCUAAAGGGAAGAAAAGGAAACCUCCAAAGGAAUUUUCAGCUCCUCGUGCCCCUACAACAGGGUAUGUAACAUUCUUGAAUGAGUGGAGAAUUAAAACGAAGGCCAAAUAUCCAGAUUUGCCUUUUACUGAAAUAACCAAGAUGCUGGCUGCUCAGUGGUCUCAACUUUCUCAAGCAGGAAGGCAAAAAUAUAUUAAAGAAGCAGAAAAGGAUAAACAAAGUUAUAUGAAAGAAUUGAAAGCCUAUCAAGACUCUGAAGCCUAUCAAGCUUUCUUAGAGAGAAGAGCAGUUCACAAAGUGAAGACUCUGUGUGGAACAAUAUCUCUAGGAAGUAGAUCUGAGAAUGAAGCUCUUUCUUUGUCAACAAUAGAUAGAGAUGAAAGCAAUGACCUGUAUUGUCGGACAUGUAACCAGUUUUCCAGUUCUUUUCAUAACAAGAAAGAACACCUUAUGGGAAAGCAACACGGACAGAAUUUAACAGGAGAGUUUGAGAAAGAAACGGCUGAGUUCUCUAAACAUCAGAAACUGCAAGAAGAAAAGGAGGAAAAAGAUGAGUCAGAAGAAAUAAUUGACUCAACAGAUGUGUUUCAGUUUGCGGGCCUGACCUCCCAGAAGAACUUUGCUUCAUCUGAUUUUUGUUUUUUGCAGGAGUUUAUCUUCAGACUUCUGAAAUUUAAAGACUUUGAACUUUGUGAACUGAAAAGAAGUUUGACAAAGGCAUAUGAAGACCAGGAAAGUUUAAAAAAGCAGCUGGAGGAUCUAAAGAAUCAGCAGUUGAAGUUGGAAAUGGAUUUUGCAUCUAUAAAGGCAUAUAGCGGUACUUUAGAAAAAGAGUUUGAAAAUUUAAAUAUGGUUCCAAUGCUGUUCCAGGUUCAUCUGCAAAUAGUGGAAACGAAGAGUGAAGUUUAAGAUUUGAAAAGAUGGGAAAAUGCUAACAAACAUCAUCCCUCUUCCACGGAUAUCUUCCCAAGUCUUUAUUAUUUUUAGGUAGCCUUCUGUGUUCAAAGGGUUUUCUUCAGAAACACAUAAAAUAUGACUGGUAUUAAAUGAUUUACUGAAUAUAAUUAUUUUUGUUUAUGGCUGUUUUAUGGUAAACUCAGUCAUCUAAAACUAGUGGUUGUGUUUCAUAAGCCGUUGUGUUAAAGUAAUAAAUUGCAGUCACUUUACAUUCUCCUUAACUCUGAAGCAUAAACCAAUAUACCCUUUCAGCUAAUGCUGUAAAUUACACUUCUCUGCUCUGAAGUUUGAAAAUAAAAAUAGCUAGGUUGGGAAAGAUGUGUAUGAUGGUAUGGUCUUCUAGGUUCUUGCAAAGGACAUCUUACCAGGAUGGCGACUAUAGGCAUUUGAGGGAAGAAUAAAUCAGGACGCUUGUUUGGUCACAGUCACAGAGUUCCUGAUGGAUGGAAGGCUCAGAAUGUACUGUGUACAACUUCUGGACCCUUUUUUAAUGUUACAUUCAGCAGAAAGUAUUUGUGAAGCUUUGCUCCUAUAUAACCCUUUUGGGGGAGUGUGAGUUGAAGGAGAAUGCACUGUUAGGUUCUACUUUCAUAGGACUUAUAGAAAUUACUACAUGAUGGAAAACUGAAGGUACAACUUCUGGGAUGGAUUCUGCUCACUGAAAACCCACAAGAACAUUUGAUGUGACAUGUAAAUAUGAAGCAUAAAAUUGUGAUUUGCUUUCAGCCCAGCUGUAAAGGUGUUCUUUAAAAUCUACAUUAGAUGAUGUUUUACUGGCAGAACUUUGCAAUUGCAUCUUAUUGUAGAAAUGACUUCUAGUCAUAGGUGUCUGUAUUACUUGUUUUUAUGAUGAUCAUGUCAUCUGUCAGAUUUUGUUUUCCUAACUGUAAAAUGAGGAUACUUAACCUGUUUCAAGGAUGUUGAAGAUUAAUUAGUUAAUGAACCCAAUACUGCAAAAUUCCUGCUCAUGUGAGUAAUACUAUUGAUAUCAAAGUGAUUCAUCACAAGAGUAAUGGCUACUCAUACAAGCACGGGCUUUUCAGGAUAAACACUGAGUAGAAGUACUCUUAUUAAUUUUGUAAUGUAAUAGUACUCUUUUACUUUAUUAAAAUUGUUUUUAUAGAUCUGGUCUGCAGCACUGAGCAUGUACUAUGGGACCAAUAUUACAGCCCUUACUCACAUAAGUAUUCAUGCUUAGUAAAAGCUACUGUGUUGGCCCCUGUGUAUAAGAAGCACACUGUUAAAUUAUACCCAAAAAAACGAUAUUGUAUUAGCAGUAACAAUAUAGAAUAGGGGGGGAAAUCUAGUGUACUCCAUAUUAAAAUGUUUCUGUAAUAAAAGGUCUAUUUUUCUGAUAGACCUGGUCAAAAAUGAGAUGCGAUUUUCAUAAUGUUGACAAAAAAUUCAUCCUCUGGCUUUUCUUUGGAAUUUCUUUGAAAAGUUUCAUCAAAAUGGUGAAUUUUGAGAAAGUUUGACCAUCUCUAUGUAUGAUGGGUGAGACACACAAUAUUGGAGGCUAAUACCAUCUCCUUAUUUAAUUGCAAUGCAGGUGUGUAGAGUCUUCCAGCAUAUCUCUGGACAUUCAGUUCUAACUCUACAGUGGGUUACUGUGUAAGAUCACUACUGCAAGGUGCUGAGCCGUCUAAAACCUCAUUGACUUCUGUUCAAGCUGGAGGUGGUCAAUACCUCUUGGGAGAGAGUCAGCACCUUGCAGGAUUGGGGACUGAGAUCUCAAAUUGACAUCAGGGAUUGUUUCCUAUUAAAAUACUGUUUUAGAAACAAAGCACCUGUAAUAUCCCAUACUUAGACAACAUUAUUUGCCUUGAGUUCAAAAUACAAUGCACGUCUUCUGAUACAGAAACAGAAGAUUAAAAUGACAAAGGACAAGUCGUCAUCUUAGCUUUUCCCCCCUGCCCUUUGGACAGGAAACCUGCCUAAUAACUCCAUCUUGUGACUGUUAUUUAUUGGUGCCCUGUUCAGUAGGUAUAACAUGGUCUUUGACAGAAAAGCAAAAGGACCUUUUCCCUUCCCCAAGGUGUCUACAAUAUAAUUAUCCAUUCAAAUUUAAUUACAGAAUGGCUAAAUUAUUCUUAAACAAUACCACUGUGUUUUCUGGUAGACUCUUGCACAUGCAAAUAACCAUGGAUUAAAGUGGGUUCAUGGGGGGAAAUGAUGGUAUGGGUGACAGAGCAGCUGACUGGGACCUAAAAGAAAAGAGAGCAGGUACCUCCGCUCAUACAUAAGGAAUUUUAUUUGGCCUAAUUGAGGUGCUGUACUAGUAGGAAUUAGUCCAUGUGUGAAUUGUUUGUACUUUGCUUUCAUUAUUUAGACAGUUCAGUGUAAUGACUUUUCCCCAGAGACUUUACUCUAUUACAGGUUUUACUUCCCAGUAGAGGCUUUUUCAAGCGAAGUUUGUCUCCAAGGGUAAUGCUGGAGGAGGUUUUCCCUUGGGACACGCCAAAAAGAUUGGGGCUUUGGAGUCGGGAAUGAAGAAGUUGAGUUAACCCAGUUAAAUCUUCCAGGAGGGGGUUCUUGUGUGUCUGGAAAACCCUUUUUUAUUGAGAAUCUGAAUUAAAUAUGCUGGAAGUAGAGGAAUUUAGCGUGCAGUAUUUUGUGAGUUUGUAUUACUAACUGUGUGUGUGUGUGUGUGUGUGUGUGUACGUGCACGUGCAUAAUAAACACUUGUGCACUGAUUGGUCUUUUUUCUUUGGGGGCUAUUUAAUUUUCCUCCAUAACAGAAUACCCUACACUCAAGCCUCCACAUCUCACCUGCCUUCUGAGGCCCUCCCCUCAUUUCUUAAAUAAAAAAAGUAGUAAACAUUCAGUGCACCGCACAGAUUUGUUGCUUGUUUGUUUGUUUGCUCAUAUGAUGUAUUCCAUAUGUUUUGCAGAUAAUCUAGAUUUUUGUUCUUUGGUCAAGGACCAUGUCUUUCUGAUUGUUCUGUAAGAUACCCCACUCCAAAACAAUAAUCCAUUCAAAUGGCAUCAUCAGAUAAAGUUUCUGAUGUAAGUAUUACCUCUAUUCUAAAAUAAAGGAGUCUGCUGUUUUAAUUUGAUAACUUUAAAAAGAGCAAAUUAUAUUUUUAAUGAGGGAAAAGUUUCUCCUAUUGUAAUCAUUAAUUCAUAGUAUGUGUGUAAAUAUUAAACAGCUUUAUUAUAAAGUGAAAAAGGGAUGUGAAUUAUCCAUACUUUAUAUAAAUAAGACACUGUAGGUAUUUAUUCUGUCCAGAGUCAGAUUACUUGUAAAUAUGCAAUAAACAUUUGAUCAUU